AAAUCAGUUUUCCAUUUAGUAAAUAAAAUUCCGUAAAUUAACUAGUAAAUUUAAAGGUAAAAUGGAUUCGGAUAUUGAUACGCUGGAGCCAAGUUUGAAGAAUAUCAUCGAUCAAACAUCGCUGAAAUGGGUAUUUGUCGGCGGAAAAGGCGGUGUGGGUAAAACUACAUGCAGUUGUAGUUUGGCCGUGCAAUUGUCGAAAGUUCGUGAGUCAGUGUUGAUUAUGUCAACGGAUCCAGCCCACAACAUCUCCGAUGCAUUCGAUCAAAAGUUUUCCAAAGUUCCACGAAAGGUAAAUGGGUUUGACAAUUUAUACGCUAUGGAAAUUGACCCAAAUGUUGGACUGAAUGAGCUGCCUCCGGAGUAUUUCGAAGGUGAAGCCGAUGUGCUGAAAGUGGGAAAAGGUGUCCUAAGCGAACUAAUGGGCGCAAUACCUGGUAUUGAUGAGGCAAUGAGCUAUGCUGAAGUCAUGAAAUUGAUCAAAUCCAUGAAUUUUUCGAUUGUUGUCUUCGAUACGGCGCCAACUGGUCACACGUUGCGUCUAUUGUCAUUCCCACAAGUGGUGGAAAAGGGUUUGGGACGUUUGUUACGGCUUAAACAGCAAAUUGCACCGCUACUUUCGCAGGUUGGCAGUCUGUUUGGAACGCAGGACUUUAACGCUGAAUCGCUGAGUACAAAAUUGGACGAAAUGUUGGCCACCAUUCGACAAGUGAACGAACAAUUCCGCAAUCCCGAGCAAACCACAUUCGUUUGCGUUUGUAUAGCUGAAUUCCUGUCACUGUACGAAACAGAGCGUUUGGUGCAAGAGCUAACACAAUGCGGCAUCGAUACGCACAACAUCAUUGUCAAUCAAUUGCUAAUCAAAUCGGACAAAGAAGAACCGUGUCAUAUGUGCAAAGCACGAUACAAAGUCCAAUCGAAAUAUUUGGACGAAAUUGCAGAUUUGUAUGAGGACUUCCAUGUUAUUAAAUUGCCGCUGCAGGAAAAAGAGGUACGCGGUGUUGAUGCUGUCAAAGCAUUCAGCGAAAAUUUGAUCGUUCCAUAUGUUCCGAAAUAAGAACCGACCGAAAGACCGCUUACUCGAUCGAGUUUAGUUUUAUUAUGAUUUAUUCAAUCACAAUCGACCUGUGUUUUCCGGCGCUCUAAUUUCAACGCUUCAAAUUUAUUUUUAAAUGAACUAAAAAAUCGAUAUCAAUAAUUGGAAGAGAAAAACAAACAAACAAUCACCGCAAAUCUUUAUUUGAGAUAAUUUUAUGGGAAAAAUUCGAAAUAAAUUAUAAAUGGUGGAAAUAUA